AUGGGAAAGCAAAGUAAAAUUGAUUCAAUAUUUAAACGAAAAAGCACUGAAAUUUCUGAAAAUAAUGGGGAUGGUGACUUCUCUUCUCUACUAGCUGAAAAUCUAGCCAUAGAAAACCGACCUUCAAAACACCAUAGAGUUGAAACUAUGGAAGAAAUUGAGUAUUCUCAAGAAGUGGAUGCUGUGUUUUGUCUUCUGUGUUUUCUCUUUAAUAAGCCUAAUGGUCAUCCAGGACAAAGGGCCUUCACAGUAGAUGGAUUUCGUAAUUGGAAGAAAGUUAGAAAUGGGAUGAGAUGCCCUUUACUAAAUCAUGUGGGUAAAGACCCAAAUUCAUCUCAUAAAUUAUGCGAGCAAGCUUGUGAAGAUUUAUUGAACCAAGCUCAACAUAUGCCACAUGGAUGCGCCAUGAGAGGCCAUGAUGAAAAAAGAGGCUCUGUAAAUCGUGGUAACUUUCUAGAGCUUGUAACUCUCUUGUCUUCCUAUGAUAAAAAUGUUGCCAAAGUUGUCUUAGACAAUGCCCCAAAAAAUGCUUCUUAUAUCUCCCCAGACUCACAAAAAGAGAUUUUACAAGUUGUAUCUGAGAAGGUAAAGUGGGCAAUACGUGAAGAAAUAAACAAUGCAAACUAUUGCAUCAUUGUUGAUGAAGCUAGUGACAUGUCAAGAAAGGAGCAAAUGGCCAUUGUUCUAAGAUAUGUUGACAAUGAUGGCUUUGUAAGAGAGCGUUUUUUCAGCCUCGUUCAUGUUUCUGACACCUCGUCUAUGACUCUAAAAAAUGAAAUAUGUUCAGUUCUCUCUCACUAUGGUUUUGAUAUUCGAAAUAUAAGAGGCCAGGGUUAUGACGGAGCAAGUAACAUGAGAGGGGAAUGGAAUGGGUUGCAAGCUCUUAUUUCUAGAGAAUGUCCUUAUGCUUACUACAUUCAUUGUUUUGCUCAUCGGUUGCAAUUGGCAUUAGUUGCUGCAUCUAAAGAAGUAAUCCCUGUUUAUCAAUUCUUUUCUAAAUUGGCUUCCAUUGUCACUUUUGUUUUGGGUUCUUGCAAGCGUAGUGAUGAACUGAGAGCCACUUUUGCCACUGAAAUUGCUUCUUUGAUUGAAAGUAAUGAGCUUCAAACUGGGACGGGCCUCAAUCAAAUGAUGAAUUUGCAGCGACCUGGAGACACACGUUGGAGUUCCCAUUUGAAAUCUAUUUCGAGCUUGAUAAAGAUGUUCAGGGCAACAUGUAAUGUUCUUGGAAAAAUUGUGGAUGAGGGAAAUACUCCUUCUCAACGAGGGGAAGCAUUUUCAUCUCUUGAGGCUAUGAAUUCCUUUGAAUUUGUUUUUGUCUUACAUCUCAUGAAAGAAAUUAUGGAGAUUACAGAUUCUCUUUGCCAAGCUUUGCAACGCAAGUCUCAAGAUAUAUUAAAUGCAAUGCACCUUGUCUCAAGCACAAAGGAUCUUCUCCAAAAUUUAAGAGAUAACGGAUGGGAAACACUUCUUGCAAAGGUGAAAUCAUUCUGUGAAGUUCAAUCUGUUGAUGUCCCUGAUAUGAGUACUUGUUAUGUAGAGAGACGAGGUCGUGCUCGACGUCAAAGAGAUAAUGUUUCAGUUGAACAUCAUUAUCGAGUUGAUAUUUUCAAUGCUGCUAUUGAUUUCCAAUUACAGGAACUGAACAACAGAUUUAGUGAGAAAGCAGUGGAGUUUCUCAUGCUUAGUUGUGCUUUGGAUCCUAGAGAAUGGUGCAAAGGAUUUCAGGUCGACAACUUAUGCAAGCUUGUUCACAAGUUCUAUCCUCAAGAUUUUACAGAUUUUGAGAAAGAAGAACUGAGAGUUCAAUUACUUCAUUUUGAGGCAGAGAUCACUAAAAAUGGUGAUGCGCAAAAACUAUCUGGUAUUUCUGAAUUAUGCCGAUGGUUGGUGGAGACCAAAAAAUCAGAUAUUUAUCCACUUAUUCAUAGAUUGAUUAAGCUCAUAUUAACUUUGCCGGUCUCAACAGCUACUACUGAGCGUGCUUUUUCUGCUAUGACCAUUGUCAAAACUAGACUCCGAAAUAAGAUGGAUGAUGAUUUCUUGGAGAAUUGCUUGAUUAUCUACAUUGAAAGAGAGAUUGCUAAGAAGUUUAGUGUGGAUUCCAUUAUAAACGGAUUUCGUGACAUGAAGGAGCGUAGAGCGCUACUUUGA